GGUUCCGUCUGCUGCAACAUCUGGAGGCUCCGUCUGCAGCAGCUGGUGCUUGGUGGGAUGGAUCACCCUAACGCCACCAACGUCUCCACCAGCCAAUCAGAUUUCAGCAGCAUCUUUACCAACCGGGUCCUUCCCUGCUUCUACUGCGUCGUCUUCGUGGUGGGCGUUCCUCUGAAUGUCAUGGCUGCCUGGAUCUUCUUCAGGGUACCUGGAGUCUCAGGUUUCGUGGUCUACCUGAAGAACAUGGUGGUGGCGGACCUCCUCAUGCUGUCAACCGUCCCCUUCAGGGUUGCACAUGAUCUGAACCUCGGCAUUGGGCAUAUCCGUGUGAUCACCUGCCGCUACACCGCCGUGCUCUUCUACUUCUCCAUGUUUAUGUUUGGUGGGGUGUCCUCACUCCACCUCCUCCAGAAACCCAGAUUUGCUCGCUUGUUGUCACUUUUCAGCUGGGGGCUCUUCUUCUUCCUCGCCCUGCCCAACGUCAUCCUGACGAGCAAAACCGCUAACGAGCAAAGCUCCAGGGACUGUAUGCAGCUGAAGACGCCGCUGGGCAUCAAGUGGCACAAGGUGUCUGUCUUCUCUAACUUGUCUGUGUUCUGGUUGACCCUGGUCAUCGUUGUCUUCUGCUACACCUCCAUCGCCUAUCAGGUGUACAAGUCGUACCGACGCGUUGGCCGUGACAGCAGUGACGUCCGCCGCAAGUCCAACCGCGGCAUCUUCAGCAUCCUGGCGGUGUUCUUCAUCUGCUUCGUGCCGUUUCACAUCUGCCGGGUGCCUUUCACUCAGAGCCAGACGACGUCGUCGGACUUCAGCAGGAACAUCGAGUUUGCGUUGAAACAGCUGAAGGAGGGGACGAUCUUCCUGUCGUCACUUAACGUCUGCCUCGACCCCGUCAUCUACUUCCUGAUGUGUCGAAGUUUCAGAAAGUUGCUGUUCAGGAAACUGUCAAUGAAGCACAGGAGGAGAUCGCAAACCAACGCUCAGAGUCUGAGUAACAUCAACAGGGAAAGGUCGACUGAUACACUAGACUAAUAGAGGAAGCGAGGGAAUAGUUCAAAAUCAAGAUUUUGGAACAGAAUAUUUAUGAACAACAACAACCGGAACUGUUUUUUCUUGGCUUGGAUGUUUCCGAUGGAUUA